AUGCACGGUGCUGAGGGGAAGACGGAUUCAUUUUCCUCAAAAGGCUCGGGAGAGGAGAGGUGCAAAUCUCCACUUCCAGGAGGAAAGGAGCCGGCCUCUGACAGUCGGUACACGGAGCAUGGGUUCGGGCCGGAACGUUACUACGUUCCGCCCACUGCGCCCAAACCCAACAUGGACACAACUACGCCCUGCUCUUUCAUCCCUUACAGUCCCCGUGGGGGCAUCUACGCCCCGUCCAGCACCGCCAGGUACCCGACAUCUCUUCAUUUGGGUUCCGUGGGCUUCUCCCCAACCACGGGUUCGCGCGGUCACUUCAGCCCGGCCUACCAAAUCGGACAGAGCCCCGGCUGCCUGUACCCACCGUACAGCGGCACAGGCCCGGGUCUCGGCAGCGUCGCCAUCCCAGCGAGCGGGCCGACCACCAGGGCCCACGUCUAUCUUUGCAACCGCCCCCUGUGGCUUAAAUUCCACCGACAUCAAACCGAGAUGAUCAUCACCAAGCAGGGCAGGCGAAUGUUCCCGUUUCUGAGUUUUAACAUAGCAGGUCUGAACCUGACCGCGCACUACAACGUGUUUGUGGAGGUGGCUCUAGCAGAUCCGAACCACUGGAGAUUUCAAGGCGGCAAGUGGGUCACCUGUGGGAAGGCGGACAACAGCAGCCAAGGAAACAAAGUGUACAUCCACCCAGAGUCCCCGAACACAGGGGCGCACUGGAUGAGACAAGAAAUUACUUUCAGCAAACUGAAACUCACCAACAACAAAGGCACAAAUCAGAGCAUAUCACAGAUGAUCGUCUUGCAGUCCUUACACAAGUAUCAGCCGAGGCUACACAUCGUGGAGGUGACUGAAGAGAGUGUGGAGGACAUCAACUCUGAUGCAAAGACUCAGAGCUUCAUCUUUCCAGAGACUCAAUUCAUAGCAGUCACUGCUUAUCAGAAUACUGAUAUUACACAGCUGAAAAUAGACCACAACCCUUUUGCCAAAGGUUUCAGAGAUAAUUAUGAUUCGAUGUACACAGCGCCAGAGAAUGACCGCCUCACCCCUUCCCCAACCGACUCCCCUCGUGCCCCUCAGAUUGUCCCUAGUGCCCGCUACACCAUGCAACCCCUCUUACAGGACCAGUUUGUCAACAGCUUUACCCCAAACCAUUUCUACAACAGUGAGCGAGCCGUGCCUCAAACUGGCAGCCUUCUCUCACCUCAGUCAGAAGACGGAGCUUCUCAGCGAUGGUUUGUCACCUCUGUGCAACAUGGGAAUGGCAACAGCACCAGCCACAAGUUGGACCUUACACCAUAUGAGGGGGAUUACUCCAACAACUUGUUACCUUAUGGUAUCAAAUCAUUUUCCAUGCAAACAUCACACGGUCUAAGCUACUACUCAGACUCUCCUUUCAACAACAUGCCAGCUGGGUGGAGCUCCAGGGCAGCCUACCAGAGAAAGGUGAGUCCAAGUCUGCCUUGGUCACCGAGGCCCAGUCCCACUGCUGCUUUCCCUGAAGACUCUGAAAAGGUGAAGGUACAGCUAGAUGAUGAUGGGAACAGUAAUGGCCUGAUAUCUUCCUGGGUAGAAACACAGCCAUCUUCUCUUUCUCUUGACAAGACUAAUUCCUAUACAUCAGCCUGCAAGCGAAGGCGUUUGUCUCUUAAUGGGCCUAGUACAGAUGACUCACCUGCUGACAUAAAAUGUGAGGACAUAGUCUCUGUUGCCAAUGGCUCUUAUAGCAAAGAAACACCUUCAUCCAAAGGAAUGGCUGCUUACUAUUCCUUUUACACAAGUUGUUAA